AUCGCGUGGGCGGGCGGUUUGACUAGGAUGAAGAUGGAACCGAAGUCCCCAACGCAGGCAGUGGACGCCGGCCUGCCAAGACUGGAAGAUGGCAGUGAAUGUCUACUCAACGUCAGUCACCAGUGAAAACAGAAGUCGACAUGACAUGCUGGCCUGGAUCAAUGAGUCCCUGCGGCUGAAUCUGACAAAGCUCGAACAGCUGUGCUCAGGUGCGGCCUACUGUCAGUUUAUGGACAUCCUGUUCCCUGGCUGCAUUGCCUUGAAGAAAGUGAAAUUUCGGGCUAAGCUAGAGCAUGAAUACAUCCAGAACUUCAAAAUACUACAAGCAGGCUUUAAGAGAAUGGGUGUUGACAAAAUCAUUCCUGUGGACAAAUUAGUAAAAGGGAAGUUUCAAGACAAUUUUGAAUUUGUUCAGUGGUUCAGGAAGUUUUUUGAUGCCAACUAUGAUGGGACAGACUAUGACCCAGUAGCUGCCAGACGAGGCCAAGAAACUGCAGUGGCUCCCUCCCUCGUUACUCCAGCUCUGAACAAACUGAAGAAACCCCUCAGCCCUAGCCAGUCGGCUCCCCAGAGGCCCACUGGGACACACAGAACUACCACAACCCUUAAGGCUGGCCAGUGUGGGGUGCAAAAGAAUCCUGUUGUGGGCAUGGGCAAGGGGGAUGGCCAAGUGGCUGUGUUGAUUCAGCAGGUCAACGUUUUGAAACUCACCAUCAAAGACUUGGAAAAAGAAAGAGAUUUCUACUUCGGAAAGCUAAGGAACAUUGACUUGAUCUGCCAGGAGAAUGAGGGAGAAAACAAUCUUGUACUGCAGAGGAUCGUGGAUAUUCUCUAUGCCACACACCAAGGCUUUGUGAUACCUGCUGAAGGGGGUCCGCAGGAGGAACAGGAGGAGUAUUAACAGCCUGGACCAGCAGAGCAACAUCUGAAUGCUUCUCUCCAAAUCAUGUUCUUAACUGUAAAAUACCCUCUUUUAUUAUCCUUAGAAUACUCACUGGUUUCUUUUCCUCAGCAAAUAGUACCUCUUCUUAAAGGGCGCUUUACAGAAGUGUCACCCCUUUCCCCAUGAGUUUGAGUUAGGAGCUUUUACCCUGUAGCAGAGCAGUAUUAUCAUCUAGUUGGGUCACCUGGGGAACACGGGACUCACUAUGUGGAUGCUGGUAACACUGCUGGAGAAGGUGCUUAUAUGUCACACACUGAGGUGGAGUCCCCAGUAGAGAAAUGUGAAGACUGAAUGUUAAGCUGGUAUGAAAUCUCAGCAGAGAAUGUUUAAAUAAAUAAGUGCCUUAAGAGAAUUUAAAAUAUCUCUUCCAUAUCUCAAAAUAUAAACUGUAACAUGACCGGAGAUUUUAGGUGUUUGACAUGGUGUCUGGGAAGGAAGGGCUAGGCCUCUGGAGCUUUGGAAUCUGCUGUGCACUGGCCUGCAGGGCUGCUUGAAUCCUCAGAGCCCUAGACCUUGACCCAAAAGGGAAGUUUAAAAAGUAGCUCCGAAAAGCCAUUUAGUGUCCUUGACCAAUCAUAUCCCUGCUUUAAGAAGCAAGAGGGGUUGUUGUCUGGAUGAAUAGAGGGCAUGUUUCAGCCCAGAGAUGUUUGAGUUGAAGUGCUUGAAUUUCAUUGAACAAUUCUCUGAUGAUUUUUCCAAUUAUCCCUGAAAUUUCUAUGUAUUGUGCUUUUUGAGAAAUGAGGUGGGUCCAGUUUUUACCAGCUACUUUGGGGAACUUGCUGACAUCUCUGGGAUUUGAGUGGGGGUCAUGUCCCAUUUUACUGUCUUUUAAGUUUACACUGAACAUGUUUUUCUUCUCUGCUCCUCUUGUCCACUGAGGACUCCUCUUUGGCUCCUUAAAGUUUGCUGCCUAGAGUGUAAGUUCAGCAGGCAGGUGCUCAUGCUGCAAGUUCUUUCUGAACCUCUGGCAAACAGAGUGACCAGUGAAGGCCAUCGCUACCAUGGAAUCUGCAAGAUUGGGUGUUGUUGGUACUGCUGUCCCAUCACCCUCCACCUUUAUCUGAAUACUUUGCCAGUGCACUAAUCUCUUUGGAGAUAAAAUUUGUUAGCGUGUUA